AUGACGCCAAACUUAAAUGAGGCAAAACGUUUGGCGCACUUAGGAGUCCGUUAUGGGGAAAAUCUUCGGGUUACCGUAGCUGCCAAUCAGGGAGGUCGAAAGUAUAUGGAGGAUCGUGUCCACAUUGAGACUGUCAGGGAUGAUGACGGUUCUAUUAGGUUCACAUUUUUUGGAAUCUUCGAUGGACAUGGUGGUCAUGAAGCCAGUGAAUAUGUCAGGAGAAAUCUUUUAAAUAAUAUAGUGAAAAAUGAGUUAUUUGACUCUGAUGAUGACGAUGAUAUCUUGGAAGCUAUAAGGCUAGGAUUUCUAACUACACAUCACGGAAUCUGGAAAGUAGUCUCCGAGUGGCCUCGUACCGCUUCCGGGUAUCCAAGUACUGCAGGAACUACUGUGAGUAUAGCUAUACUGAGAAACGGCAAGCUAUACACUGGCCAUGUUGGAGAUUCUGCUAUUAUUUUACUGAGGAGAGCUUAUCGCAAAGACAAUUCGGAGGAUCUUGUUCCGCACAGACUAACUAUCGAUCACAAACCGGAGAGUGAAGAUGAACAAGCAAGGAUUCGCAUAGCUGGCGGAUCGGUAGCGCUCAAAAGCGGAGUUGCUCGUGUGGUUUGGACGCGACCACUAAAGCAUCAUACCGGUCCAGUUAGGCGUAGCACGCCGACUGAAAGUAUUCCAUUCCUUGCGGUCGCAAGAAGUCUAGGCGAUGUUUGGUCGUAUUGUGAGGAUACCAAAGAGUUUGUAGUUUCUCCUGAACCGGACCUGGCUGUGCAAGAACUAACUGGUAUGAAUUCGCGAGUUUCUUGUUUUCUCUUAUUCGCCUUUUUCGCCUCGUUUGCUCUUUCUGAAGGUUCUUUGAACUAUGGCCCGUUUUCAUGUGAGGCUUCACGUCUUUUCUGCGUAAACCUG